GCGGUUUGCUGCGCGCGCGCUAACACAGUCGUUGUCUCUCACGACACCCCAAAGACCGAAGCUAAGCUCAUACCUUUGAGAGUAGAGAAAGUAGUAGUAGAGACUAGGGUAACUUAUGCUACUAUACAUCUUCAUGUCUUUUAGCUGUUACUGCAUCUACGGUGUUCACCUUGACGCAAGAGGCUGUUCAGCACAGCCCACGCUGGACGUCACUGUUCGGCGGCCCAAAGCGUCCUUUCCAAGUUACAGCUCUGCAGAGGAGCUUUUGACGAUUUGGCAAGGCCAGACCAGUCAUUGGACCACAAGAAGUGUUUCAGCAUGGCCCCUCCGCUGGGCUGAGCUGCCGCAGUCUGCCUCAGUCUCGCAGGCAGCAACAGGUAGCACUAGGUGGCAACUGGAGAACUGUCCCAGUGUAGCCUGCUGUGAGACUCAGCCCACCACAAAGCCAGCAAGCUUGACUGCUAUUUGCCAAAGACUUCUGCGCUUUGUCACCCAAGUUUAUUGCAGCAAGUCUUGCCGGCGCGCUCGCGCCACGUGACCCGUGGCAGGUGCCCUGACGGGCUUAGCGCGAAGCCCAACCCCCAGAAGAGCAGCGACGUCCCUCACCCCGAUCUCUCUGCCGCAUUUUCCACCGUCGCUCUUCCAUGACGGCCCCUUCUCUAUUUAAUCUGCUUGCGCUCUGAGCGUCUCCACUCCUUCGUCUAAUCCGCGCGCAAACCU